CCUCACAGUUUGCACAUGCGCAUUGGCGUUUCGCACUUGUGCCAAGAUGGCGUCGGGCUACGUCGAAUGUUUCUCUGAUAUUUGGGAGACUGCUGCGAGAGAAUGGCGUCUGAGGGGUCCCACUAAAAACUUCUUCCAAGAAUUCUUGACCCAACUCUUUGAGUACGGAGAUAUCUCAGUCGAAGACGUCCAAGUUACUCUACUUUUAGGAGUUUUGUUCACCAUUCUGAGAUACGUAGCGACUGCGGUGCUAUUCAAGCCUUUUGCAGAAUACUUUAACUUCAUACCAAAGGACAAAAAGAAAUUCCCUGAGAGUGCGUGGAAGUUGCUCUACUAUGGAUCUGCUUACUCAUUCACUUGUUAUGUGCUGUUCAGUGGUAAACACCAAUUUUUCCAAGACACUGUGCUAUGUUGGAAAGGUUGGAGAAAAUCCAUGCCUGUACCAUCUGACAUUUACACUAUAUAUGUAGUGCAAGCAGGCUUCUAUUUCCACUCCAUAUAUGCGACAGUAUUCAUGGAUAAGUGGAGGGCAGACUCUAUAGUUAUGAUAUGCCAUCAUAUACUGGCUAAUGCACUUAUACUGUUUUCUUUUGCCACAAGAUAUCACAAUAUUGGUGUCAUAGUCCUAUUUCUCCAUGACAUAAGUGACAUUUUCCUGGAAGCUACCAAGAUUUUCCUGUGUUUCAAUUCAAGACCAAAUGGUCCCUUUAGGAUGUUUGGUUUCCUGGUCAAUGCAGGAUUUUUAAGUUUUGCUUUAUCCUGGUUCAUCUGUCGGUUGUACUUAUACCCUCACAAAGUUCUUCACACCACUGGCCAUUCAGGAAGGAGACUUUAUGAGGACCUGCCAUUUUAUUUCUUCUUCAAUUCCAUGCUGUGGGCACUAUUUGCUAUGAACAUUUGGUGGUUCCACUUCAUCUUGUUGUUGAUAGUGCGUGUCCUUAAUGGGUCAUCGAGAGCGGUGGAGGACACAAGGGAACUUUCAACUGACUCAGUUGAGUCGAUAGAGGAGGAAGUAAAAGAGAUGACACUUUCUACGAAAGAACUUCUGAAUGGUUCAGCCAAUGGUUCAGUCAAUAAUGCACAAAUCAGACAGAUUGAUCAAAAAUCACCCACAUUAAGCAUGAAUGGUGGAAUAAAGUAUGACAAACUACAGGAUGCAGAUGAGAAAGAUGGUCAGCAAGAGAGGGAAUACCUUCACUGUAGAAAGCAUAAUACCCGUGGUAAUUGACCUACCGUAAAUGAUCUAAUAAAUGCCCUCUAUCUAAAUAACGCCUCCGAUCUAAUAAGCUAACAAGUUUGUAUUGAUCGCCCCUCUCUAAUAAAUGCCACCUGUAUUUAAAGCCCUCCUUCCCCCCCCCUUCCAGCUUAAAAACAAACGACAUGGGAAUUAGGUAAUAUAAAUCAAAUUUGAUUGCCUUCUUGAUUAAUCUGAGCUCGGUUCCUUCUGGGUGAGACUUGCUCAAUCUUAAGAAAUGCAAUGCAGGCUAUAAUUUAAUAUGAUCCUGACUGAGACUUCAACCCCACUGCUCUUGGGUUUGUGAUAUUUUUAUAGUUUGUAAAGAAUGCCCCUCUCUAAAAAAUGCCUCCUAUCGAUUGAACACAUCCACCCCCUCCCCUCUGACCAUUGAAAUUUAAUAAAUGCCCCGGGCGUUUAUUAGAUUAUUUACGGUAAUAGUAACUUCAAAUACUGUGCAUAGAGUUUGCUAAGGAACAUUCUUUCCCCAUGUAAUUAUGCCAAUGAAUAGUGUCAGUGUUUGAAAGCAGUAAUAAUGUUAAGCAAUAAUGUCUAUAAUGAGGAAUGUUUGUGUAAAAUAUCCUUAUGUUUAACUGAGUAAUUGAGAACAAUAAUGGAAUUGAGAAAAAGGACAAUGAUUUAAAGAUAAUUUGUAUACAAAUAUAUUUGUAUACUGUCAAAGCUAUCUUUCUUUAACAAUAUGUCAUAUCUGAUAGAGUAAAGAGUGGUUUUUAAAUACCUGUGAAAUACUAUUAGUUUAUUAAGUACUAAUACAUUGUAAUGUCUUUGUUCUCUUUUGUUCUGGCUUGACUAUAUUACUCUUUAACAAUUACAUUUUGUUUCACGGGAUUUUGAAAACUACUUUAAUAGAGUAUAAUAUAAAUCUAUCUAGUUGUAAAUUUUUUUAAUGACCUUAAUUCUGAACAAAGACUGAGAUAUUGGAAAGGAGAUAGAUGAACAUAUUAUUUGUAUUCUGGUUUGAAGGUUUUGAUGCUACAAUCCUCAACAAAAGUAAGUGGGACACGUCCCAUACGAACAACUGCCAACCCUCUCCCCCCGAUUAAUAUAGGUUAGAGGCGAUUUUUCAGCUCAAAACACAAGCAGUAGCAAGGUGAUCAUUUGCCCUCCAACAUUGAGGAAGGGGGAGGGAAAGUGUCUCAUUAGUUUUGUAACAGAUUGUAGGUACCCUGCUUAUGUGGCAGUCAUUGGCAUGUCCAUAAAAUUAAUUUCCAUAAAUUAAAGCAAUUUUUGUUUGU